UAUAUGUAUAUAUACAAAUCAGUAGUUGGUAUCGAUGGCAAAGAAGGGGGCAUCUUCGUCAAAUCCUGUAGCUACAUGGAAUGCGCACAAUAUAUCAAUAUUUUGUGAUCUUUGCAUCAAGGAGGUUGAGGCCGGACAUCGUCCGGGCACUCACUUUGACAAAGAAGGAUAUGCAAAUAUUAGAGCUAACUUCAAGGCAGAGACAGGGCAUGAUUAUGAAAAAAAGCAACUGAAAAAUAAGUGGGAUGCACUUAAAAAUGAGUGGAAGUUGUGGAAAGAAUUGGUUGGUAAAGAAACUGGCUUAAGGUGGAAUGCAAGCAAGGGUACCGUUGAUGCCUCUGAGGAGUGGUGGAACAAUAAAAUUCAGAUAAACAAAGAAUAUGGAAAAUUGCGAAAAAAAGGCAUUAGUCCUGAGAUGGAGGACAAGUUAGAUAGGAUGUUCUUGAGUACAAUUGCUACCGGUGAACAUGCCUGGGCACCUUCAUCUGGAGUACUACCACCAGAGUCAAGAGAGGAAUCUGUAGGACAAAUUGAUUCAUAUGAGGAGGAAGAAACUGAGACUAUGCAGGAUCUAAGGCAAGCAAGUAGGAAGGGAAAAAAAAGAGCGGCUAACCAAGGAGAAUUGCAAAAGAAGAAGGUUGAUAAGAAGGGGAAAAAAAUUGGAGGUGCUGCAAAACUUUGUGGUCAAAUUGACCGUCUUGUUGAAGCUUAUGAAACUAGGAGUUCUGCAAACUCAUUGAUGAGGUCGCUGCAUAUAGGUAGUAGUAUUCCGGAAGUGUUAGCGGUUGUUGCACAAUUGCCUGGUUGUGAGCCACCUAGCGAGUUAUGGUUGUUUGCUACAUGUUUAUUUUGUUCUGCAGAGAAGCGAGAGGUGUUUACUACGAUACAAGAUCCUGAAGUUCAGCUCACUUGGUUGAAAUAUAUGUUCAACAAAGAACAUUAAGAAGCUAUAACUAUGAAUUAGAACUUUGUGUAGUUUGUACUUUGCAUUAAGACUAUGUGUUGAAUGUGGCUUGUAUUUUGUGUUUAUUGAAUGUUGGAUUAUGAUUUCUUGUUAAACGUUGGAUUGGCUUGUUCUUGAAUGUCGGAUUAUGACUUCUUAGUGAUUGUUGGAUUAUGACUUCUUAGUGAUUGUUGGAUUAUGACUUGUGGAAUGUUGAAUUAUGUGUUAGGUUACAGGUAUAUUCAAUAUGAACACCUCUGAUGAUGAUGUUGAGGAGUUGGAGGAUGGUCUAAUUAUAUGCGCUGUAGCGAGAGCUGUUGAAACAUAUUAUUUAAAAUAUGUCCACAAAACUCCAUGUAUGAAUUCUUCCCAUACAGGUAAUAUUUGGUUGAUGGAAGUACUGCAAGGAAAUGAUGUGCGAUGUUAUAGAAUGUUUAGGAUGAACAAAGAUGUCUUUUAUAGAUUAUCCAAUGACUUGCAAACUAAUUAUGGAUUGAAAGGUUCAAGGAAAAUGAAUGCAACUGAAAUAUUAGGAAUGUUCUUGCAUAUGUUGGGACAUGGUGUGAAAAAUAGAUUAGCUCAAGAGAGAUUUCAACAUUCUGGUGAGACUGUUAGUAGAUAUUUUGGUGCUAUGUUGGAUAUCGUAUGUAAGAUGGCAAUAGAUAUUAUCAAACCAAUGGAUUCGGAGUUUCGUGGCAUUCCCCCAGAAAUAAGGAGAGAUACAAGAUACAUGCCUUAUUUUAAGGAUUGUAUUGGUGCCAUAGAUGGAGUGCAUGUUGAGGCUUCAAUACCACCUCCGGAUCAAGUUCCAUACAUUGGUAGGAAAGGAAUACCGACUCAAAAUGUUAUGGCUGCAUGUAAUUUUGACAUGCAAUUCACAUUUGCUUGUGCCGGAUGGGAAGGCACUGCACAUGAUACAAGGGUUUUUCUAUCCGUGCUACGGAAUCCAAAUUUAAACUUUUCUGAGCCUCCAAAUGGAAAAUAUUACUUGGUAGAUGCGGGGUACCCACAAAUGAGAGGUUAUUUGGGACCAUAUAAAGGUGAAAGAUAUCACCUCCCGGACUUUCGUAGGGGUGCCGAACCAACGGGUCACAAAGAGGUAUUCAACCACAGGCAUUCUUCUCUUAGGAGCAUCAUUGAACGAACUUUUGGGGUAUGGAAGAAAAGAUGGGCAAUUUUAAGGGAUAUGCCUAAUUACCCGUUCAAUAAGCAAGUGAAGAUUGUCAUUGCUACAAUGGCUCUUCAUAACUACAUACGGAGGUAUUCUGAACGUGAUCGUCAUUUUGAUGACCCCAGGGACUUUUGUGAAGAAAGCGAUAGUAGUGAUGAUGAUGAUGAUGAAUAUCAAAAUUAUCAAGUUGAAGGAUCACAUGAGAUAGAGGCAUUAAGAAAUAGAAUAGCAACAAGUUUGAUGAAUGCAUCUAAUUAGACUACUUUCAAG